CGCCCACUUCUCCGGCUUGGCAAAUUUGCAUGCACGUCUGAGCUCCACACCUAGCUUAUCUUCAACAUGGCUAGCAUGACAUUUCGAUCACCGACAGCCUCGCUGCAUAGCAGAGCAUCGACGCCGGGGUUGCAGCCGGUGCUUGUCUCUUGUCCACUCGCGCAUCCGCGCUCGCGUGCGGCGCCUUACCAGCCAGCGGAUGGACCCACUUGCAGCUCUCGCAGUGUGGCGUGUCAAGGCUUUCUAGGAGGACUCUUCGGCGGGAAAAGCAGCACCGCGGCCACCAAGCAACCAGCAAAGCCCUCGUUGGAAGACAACCUCGGACCGGAAGUGGACGAGUUGCUGCUGCUGGAGAGCGGGCAGCCGGACGGCAGCAAGGCGGAGAUCAUCUACCGCAACGGCGGCCCCGUGGCGGCGGCGGACCUGGAGCAGCUGUGCACCAAGGUGGGCUGGCCGGCCCGGCCUCUGGCCAAGGUGGAGGCUGCGCUGCGCAACAGCUUCAUGGUGAGCAGCCUGGUGCUGCGGGUCAGCCUGCCCGACCCCGCCGCGCCGCCGCCCGCCAGCCCCGAGCAGGCUCCUCCGCUGCUGGUGAGCGAGCAACUGAUCGGGCUGGCCCGCGCCACGUCGGAUCACGCCUUCAACGCCACCAUCUGGGACGUGCUGGUGGACCCGGAGUACCAGGUGGUGGACUUCUACAAGCAGAUGGGCUUCGAGGCAGACCCCGAGGGCAUCAAGGGCAUGUUCUGGUACCCGCGCUUCUAGGGAGCAGGAGGAGGAGGCGGCGAGGAGGAGGCGGCGAGGAGGCGGCGAGGAGGAGGGCGAGGGCGACUGGGCGGGCGACUGGGAGGGCGGCAGGGCGACAGCAGUCAUCACCGCUACUUGCUGGAGCAGCAGGCGGGCAGGCAGCCAGGGGGGCAGGCAGCCGGCGGGCAGGCAGCCAGGGGGGCAGGCAGCCAGGGGGGCAGGCAGCCAGGGGGGCAGGCGGGUGGACACACACACACACGCGCGCCGUACGGUGUCGGAGGGAGAGUCCCCCGGGGGCACACGGGUGUCAGGGGCCCGGAGGUGCCUGGCACUGGAGCAGUCGGGGCUUGCACAGGGGUGCGGCUGGGGGGGGGCGGGGGGGGGGGAAGCGGUGGGGGUGCGGGGGGGGGGAGCGGUGGGGGCAGCGCGGCCGGCGUGAGCUUAGCGUGGCGACUGGGUUUUGGGUGGCGGCGCAGAGGACGCCUAGGGGUUGGGGUGGGGCGGCCUUGCAGGGCCAACAGCCGCUGGGCACGCGUGGCCCUCAACCGAGGCUCUGCCCGAUCGAAGAAUGACGUAGAACGGGCGGGUUGAGCGCCAAAAGAUUUUGUGGUCAGGAGGGGAGCGCGAGUAACAAAAGAGGCGUUUGCGACCGCAUCCGGCGCGGUGUGCGGAGCGCGUCUGUUUGUGUGUUGGGGUGUCGUGUUGUGGAGGUGUGCAACAUGUGGAGGUGCAAGGCUUCAACGGGUUUAAGCGUUGUGCCUGAGUUUCACAGCAUGGCUGUGGUGUUGAUGUGAUGGACUUAUGGUUCUUUAUUGCCGUGCCGUCGUGGAGCGUGUAGCCGUUGGGGUCGACGCGAGCCGAUGCUGCUGCCGCUGUUGGUGCCGCCGGCAGGUUUUCGCGGCUGAAAGCAUUGGCAUGCGCUAGACUGUUAGCAGGCAAACAGGUGAUAGCAUGGGCGUCAGUGGCAAGGGCACCAGCGUGAGGGCCGGACCGUAGGCGUGCGUGCAGUGUGGGAUGCGCUGGCGCCGAGAUGUUGGUCGGGAGAGCAGAAGCAAUGAAGCAUUGACAGAGACUUAUGCGUCUGCAUGCUUGGCCAUUGCUUAUGGGACGCGAAGCAGACCUGGACAGUGGACACCGUCGCGGUGCCCUGGUGGCGCAAGG